AUGGUACCAUAUGAGGAAUUAUAUGGACGCAAAUGUCAGACUCCAUUAUGUUGGUAUAAGGAUGGUGAAAACAUUUUAGUAGGCCCUGAAUUAGUCCAACAAAUGAUUGAGAAUGUCAGGUUAAUUCAAGAAAGAAUGAAGAUAUCCCAGAGCAAACAUAAGAGUUAUGAAAACCAGCGGAGGAGGCCUUUGGAAUUUCAGGAAGGCGAUCAUGUGUUUUUUAAGGUGACGCCUACGACUGGUGUAGGUAGGACACUAAAGUCAAAGAAACUUAGCCCUAAGUUUAUUGGACCUUUCCAGAUCCUUAAGCGUGCAGGCCCUGUAGCAUACGAGAUUGUUUUACCUCUAAAUUUGGCCAACCUUCACAGUGUAUUUCAUGUGUCUCAAUUAAGAAAGUAUAUGGCUGAUUCUUCAUACGUUAUCACACCAGAUGACAUUCAGUUGAAGGAUAAUUUAUCGUUUGAGGUCCCGCCAAUAAGUAUUGGUGACUGUUCAACUAGGUUGUUGAGAAGCAAGGAAAUUCCAUUGGUCAAGAUAAUCUGGUACCAGAAGACUGGUGAUGCUACAUGGGAGCGAAAGGAUCAAAUGAUGAGGUUAUAUCCAAAUCUUUUUGCGACUGUUUAG